AUGUACUACAACAACCCUGCCAGAUGGGCGUCCGUCGAAGCCGACUACAAGGUGUACAUUGCGUCGGUGUUGCAGUUGGCUGGAUACUCUGCCGAGCAAGCUGCGGCGGCCGUGCCUGUGAUCAUCCGUUUUGAGCUAUCUCUGGCCGGUGCCACUGUCCGCAAGCGCGAAGAUACGAAAGCCGUGGUCCCAGCGUACACUUCGUUCACGUUUCACGAACUGGACCAAAAGUACCCGCUGCUCGUCGGUUCGUGGCUCAAGGGCAACGGCUUCAACGUCCGCGACAAAAGCGGCGGGGCGACGGACUGGGUUGGGUUUUACAGCUUGAGCUACUUUGACAAGACUGAAGCGCUGUUGAAGAACACGUCAUUGGAAGACCUCCGCACCAUCGUGGAGUACAAGCUCAUCCACGCCUCGUCCACCCACCUGACCCCUGAAUUCCGCACGGCCAACUGGAACUUGUUCGGCAAGAAGAUUGGUCGCCAAAAGACGGAACCUACUCGUGAAAAUUUCUGCAUGCAUCAAGUGCACACCACCGUUGGGGAGCUCCUGGACAAGUACUAUAUGGACGCGGUGUGGCCGGCUAGCACGGCCAAGACGGCUGACGAAAUGGUCAAUGCCUUGAGAUCUUCCUUCUCCACUGGUAUUGCCACCGCGGACUGGUUGGACAACUCGACCCGCACCAACGCGCAAACCAAGUUGUCAAAGUUUGUGCACUUGCUGGGGGGGUCUGAGAAGUUGCAGGUGUACCCCACCUUGACGUUCGACUCGAAGGCGUACUUGAACAACCGCUGGAAGGUAUCGCAAGUGAACCUCGACACCAACUUGAAGCUGAACGGCCAACCUGUGGACACGCGCAGCUUCGGCAUGUCCCCCCAAAUGACGAACGCGUACUACAGCACCCGCAAUAGGGUCAGCCGAAUUGCAUUCCCAGCUGGCAUUUUUCAAAACCCGUUCUUUGACGGCGAGUUCGAUGCUGCUCAGAAUUUUGGGGCCAUCGGGAUGGUUAUCGGCCACGAAAUCACCCAUGGGUUUGACAGUACACGCCGUAACUUUGAUGACGACGCCAACUUGAACCCGCAGUGGUCGAAUGUCACCUCCGUUGCGUUCAACAACAAGGCUCAGUGCAUCGUCGACCAGUACGCCAAGUUUGUCGUCAAGAGCGAAGUGAAUGGCACUGUGUUGGGCAACCUCAACGGCAGCCUCACGUUGGACGAAAGCAUUGCUGACAACGGCGGGCUCAAGACCAGUUUCCGAGCGUACCACGAGUACUUGAAGAAGUACCCAUCGCAGUACACGGAAGAAACUGGGGACAAGUUGUUCUACUUGUCGUUCGCCCAAGCCUGGUGCUCCAAGAACUCGGACGCCCGCCUCACCGCGUCCUUGUCGGCCUCGUACCCGCCUAGUCGAUUCCGCGUCACGGGGGCGUUGCAAAACAAUGCCGAGUUCGCCCGAGUGUUCAAGUGCCCCACCAACUCGUACUUGAAUCCGUCCAACAAGUGCUUGUUGUGGGAAUAG